UAUACUGGGUAUUAAAAAAAAAGUAGCAGUGAAAUUGAUAAUUAAGGAAUCAUUCUUUGGAAUACCAAGCCCAAAUUUCUUAAAAGAGGAGCGACACACAGACGAAGAAAAAGAGGGAGGGGCUGCGCCUUUCUUCUUCUGGACUCGACGCACAGAGCACAACUUCUCUUCCUCCAUAAAUGACCAAAAAAUCCCAGCUCAAACCUAGCAGAAAUUCAACCCCAAAAACGCCUCUGCCCCAUUUCCAAAACCACGUUUUCUCAAAAUUUUCUGGAUAAAAAGAUCUCUUCAAGUUUUCCGGCGCCGUUCGAGUGUUGUUACUGGUUCGCGGUUCUGUCCGAAUUCAAUAGUCGAUUCUCGUCGGUAUUUUGGAGUCGAAAACAGUGUAUCCGUUGGUUCUGCAACUGCUAUUAAGGAAAUUUUGGCCUAACAGAACUUCAGUGAGUACAAGGAACUGUAAUGGAUGCUUACACGACUGGGAUUCAUCUUCAUCAUUGGCCGAGGGAGGAAGCUAAAGAGCGUACCCUGUUGAUUCGGCAUCUUCCAGAAGCAGUUCCUCAUGAAACCCUUUCUAGAUUGCUCUCCAAUUACGGCGCAUCUUCUAUUCGUCCUUGUACUAGUGGCAGAGUGAUGAAUUGUGUGUUUGUGGAUUUCAAGGAUGAAAGUCUGGCACAUCAAGCGCAACAGCAUUUGAAUGGGGUACGAUUUCUUGGCAAAACAUUAGCAGUUGAACGAGCUAAUAAAAGCAUAGAGAGAGAUAAAUAUCGACAAAGUGAACCUCGGAUUGUAGAAGACUCUGUCUCUUUGAUCAACGAUGCUACUGCUAAAGAAUUUGGUGGAGGAUCUAGAAGAGGUCCUUAUCCUGGCAGCGAACCCAUUGCUGAAAGACUUGGGGUGGAUUAUCCAUUUCCUCCUCACCUCGAAUAUGUUUACCCCCCACCUGAUGGGCAUAUACUUACAAAUAUUGUGAAUGCUCUCAUUGCUGUUCCUCGGUUCUACACACAGGUCUUACACUUGAUGAACAAGAUGAAUAUUCCAGCUCCAUUUCGGAUGGCUCUGCCGACUCCACCUCUACCAACUUCCCUAUCUGUUCCACCUCCACCCCCUCCUCCACCUCCUCCAACAGUUUCUGAGAGUAGAAUGGAAAAUUUAUCAAGUAGUGAAUCAGAAAUGGAGUCUUCAGAUGAGAGUAAUGUUGGCGGGCCUAAACAAAAGCGUACCAGACGUGAAGCUAUCUUAGGCCCUGCAGUUGACAAGGAUGUUGUUCAUGAAGCUGUUGGAUUGAGAGCUGCUGCCUUGGUUCCUAAAGAGAUGCCAGUAGUUAAGAAAAAGAACCCAAUAAUUCAGAUUAAAGUAGCACCUAAGCAGGUACAGAAUGAAGAGAAGGGUGACAUGAGGGAAAUAUCAUUGCCAGUGGAAGAUAAAGAGAAUGAUAAUAAACCUUUUGCGACCCUUGAAGAAUUAAAAAGUGGAAGAUUGCCCCCAGAAGAGAUUCUGUCGCUUCCUAUGUUUAAGAAUUAUUGUGCUGGUAAUCCUUCUCCUAUCUUGUACUUGAAGAACUUAGCAAAAGAAGUGGUUGUUGAUGAUUUUUACUUCAUAUUUGGAUCUUUAUUUGGAAGCAUCGAUGAAGCUAAAUCCAGACUGGCAGUGAAGUUAAUGCAGGAAGGGAGAAUGCGUGGACAAGCUUUUGUUACAUUUCCCUCGGUUGAACUUGCUCAAGAUGCUUUAGUUAUCCUUCCACUGGAAGAAAAAUAUUUGUUCAUGAAAUUUGAAAGAACCUGAUAAAGUUGGAGGUAUUUAUCUACAAUGGCACAAUAGUAAUUCUCAAUCUAAUCUUAAUUAUAAAAUAAAGAAGAAUCAUGCUUCCAUUAUUAAAAUACUACUCCGAAUCAAAGCUAUUUCUUCCUCUCUAUGAUGCCUGCAGGUCAGUCAUUUCCUUUUCAUUGGGGAAAGAAGGGGGGAGGCCAGAAGGGGAUAAAGUAAAAGGAUGGUUUAGAAGGUUGAAAAACGAAGAAAUCAAUAUGAAACAUUAAAAUUUAUGAUAUCCACAUUCCUCUUUUAAAGUGGCAGUGGAUUACUUUUUAAACUGCUGGAUCAUGGAAUCAUAUAUCAAAACAUAGCAGAAUCUGGGGGAAACAAGAGGAAAAGCAGGUAAUUUGGUAUUUAGUUUUCAUCCUGGGCAGCAUGAUUGUGAAGUAAACACCGCGAAAGUACUUAUAGGCUUUUAUGAACCUCUUUCAAAAAUAAAUCUCUUAAUCCGAAAGCACCACAUACGAGACAAUCUUGUCUUUCACGGUUAGCAUUUUGGAAGUCUCAUUAGAUGCAAAUCUGAAAUUUGAAUAAUAUGACUUAUGCUGACAUUUUCAAAUUGUCGUUUGUGGCGUCUCCCGUUAGCCUAUUCAAAUUUCACUAAGCUGAUAAAAUUUGCUGUUCAACUCCAGCAGUUGGUAUUAAGGUUUUGUUCUUGGUGUACCUUAAUGGUGGAAGUGCCUGCCUCAACAGUUCUCAACCUAAUUCUAGCAAAAUCAUAGAUUUAUUCAGAAGGUGAGAAACCUUCUGAAUUUAAUCGCUUGCGUCAAAUUUCCAAUGGUUGUUUACUGCGAGAUUAUUCAUGCAUAUGGUUAGUUUCCUGAAGUUGCCUAAAAAUGUGUUAUAUGGAUUGAAGGAAAUCAUUUCAGUCAUAUACUUCAAUUUAUAUCACAUCCAACUAUCUAGAAAUUAGCUGAUGUUAUGGGUGCUAAACAUUGAAUAGGUGAAGGUGUGUACCACACCAGAUGAUGCUUGUAAAAAUUUAAUGCAAAGAAGUGAAUGACUGCAGAAUCUGGUGAAUGGGUAUGUCUUUAAAGGCAAACCUAUCGUCAUUCAGUUCGGUCGUGAUCCUGCUAAAGCAAAAACAAGCUAGAGAGAAUAGUUGCAACAAGGGUAAUUUAAG